GAUAGAUUGAUUGAUAUGAUUAAAUACUGCAAUUAUUAUUAAUUAUUAAAUAUUAUCAAUAGCUAGCUGUGGAUAACCAAACAAACUUAGGCAAAUAAAUUACAAACGAAUCAAUCAAAUCAAAUAUACGAUCAAUCAAUCAGUCAAUCAAUCAACCACUCUCUCAAAUAAUAAUAAAAAGAAAAAUAAAUUAACAAAAAAAGUAAAUAAAUCAAUAUAGCAAAAUAGCAAGCAAGUAAUCCUUAUUAAAAAGAAGAGAAAGAGUAAUUAAAGUUUAAAUAAGUCAGCCGAAUAUAAAAUACUUAAAUGAGCUUUUCAACAUUAGCAUCAAACAACCUCAAUAAUAAUGUUUAUUCUUCCUUAAACGAAAAUACUAUGCGAGAUCAUACUUAUUUUCUCUAGUAAAACUCUGAUGAUUUUAACUAGAUAAAUUUCAAUUACCAAAAUAGUAGCAGUUUAACUUUUUCAAAUGGGAACGGUAGUCUUUCAAACAUUUAAAACUAAUACGCCAGAGAUUUUUAGCAGGAAAUCGAGGACUACUAAGAAAGGAGCAAUAAUGAAUCUUAAGAAGAUUUUAAUAUUAAAGGAGAUGACAUAUCCGAAAUGAGUGAAAUUAUGGAUGAAAGGUAAUUUAUUCGCGUUUCCACUGCUCCUCCUCGUCCAUUAACUGAUCUUGAAGAAUUCAAAAGAAGCUAUGAUUUUUUGCUAUUAGAGCAAGCUAUAGUUGUAUCAUCUAAGCUUAUAUAGAAGGAUUAUUAGAAAUUUGAUUUGGAUUCUCCAGAAGGUCAGAAAAUAUUCAGAAAAUACUUGAAUAUAAUUGAAAAACUCAUUAAGUAAUUUUAAUGUCAAACGGCUUGUAGAGCAUACAGAGAAAAAUUCUCAAAGGCAUAUAAAAUCCUUUAUAAAAAUGGCGAACUUUGUUAUUUAACAGAAAUAUUAGAUAGUGCACAAGAAGGUUUUCCUUAUCUAUAUGUUAAUGGUGAAAAGUACAUAUUCUCUCAAGAAGUUUUAGAGUCAGGUUAGAACUUGCUAAAUAGUUUCUUUAAAAUGUCUCAUAUUAUGAGGAAUGCAUAUACAAGAACUUGCUAAGAAAAUCUUAAUAUGUCUUCCUAUGCUAUCAAAAAAGAAAUAGCUUCGAGUCUUGAAAAGUUUGAUAUUUGCUGGGCUAAAUUUGAACAGUUGUAUGUGAUGGAGUUAAUGGUUAUUGAGACAGAAGCAAGAAGAUAUGUUUAGUGUGCAAUAGAAAUAGAAAAAGAAUUAACUUCUUUUGAAAUUAGAGAAAAAAUAAAAGGGAGAAUCUUUAUUUCUAGCUAAUCUUAAGAGUACACAAAUCUUAGAAAAACACUUUGUAAAUAUAUUGCCCAAAUGAAUGCAGUUGCUAACAUGGAAGGCAAAGGUAGAGACGAUUUAGAUAUUGAAAUUCUUAUAUAAGCUGAAGGUAUUCUUCGUAAAGUUACAAAUGAGUAAUCUAGAGCAGUCCGUGUGCUGGCUGAAGAAAUCAAAAACAACUUUUAAAAUUUACGUGCCUUAUUUAGAAAAUAUGAAUAAAAUAUUGAAAUGGUUGAUCCGCAGCUAAAAAACAACCAUGAUCUAGUUUAAGCAUUAAAUACUUAUGAGAGUUCAUGGGAAAAAGGAAAAAACUAUUUUAUAGAUGGAAAAAAAUGCAAUUAUUUGAUUCACUUUUCACAUAUUAUUGAAACAACUGCUAAUAAAUAUAAAGAAUUUUAAGAGUCUGUAGAUUGCCGCGAUGCAGAUAUAUUUUUAACAAUUCCAUGCCUUUUAAUAUUAAAAUUGUUAGAUAGAGAAGAUAAAAAUAUAUGUAGCUAUUUUUUGCCUUAGAUGUUUGAUGAAAAAAACAAACUAAAUUAGACUUAUAAGAAUUUAGAAUAAGAAUUUGCCGAAUGGAAAGAAUUCAAGAAAAAGAGCUACAGUUAUUAUAACACUUUAGAGAGAAUAAUUUUAAAUAUAGACUAACUAUCCGAAGAAGAAGCUCAUAUUCCAUAAAUUAAUUCUAAUGGCAAAAGCGUUUCUCUUGGACAUAUUGUUCAUAAAAUUAAAUCUCUUGCUAUGGAACUAUAGAGAAAUAAUCCAAUGGAAUGGAAUAGUUUCUUGGAUGUCGCUCUAUGUUCCUGAGAAUUUUUGAUUUUUGCAUAGAAUUUUUAUUUAAAUUUAUACAAAUUAUAAACCACUAAAAUGUCACUAAUCAAUUUAAGCAAAAAAACCUUUGAUAAAUAAAUAUUAAUCAUAGUUCAAAAAUAUAGUUAAUUAUUAAAUAAUUCUUGAUCUUCACUCAGAUUUGCUACUUGCAUAUCUUUUUGGACAAAUAAACAAACACAUUUAGUUUUAUCUAAAUAUAAUAAAUAAAUAAGUUUGUUUAAAUACCUUGUUUUUAAUGAAAAAAUAACUUAAUAUCUUUGACUUUAUAUUAAAAAUACUAUAUAUUUAAAUAACUCAACAAUAUAUUAAGCAAUUAACUGUAUGAAAUCUUCAAGUUUAAUAUUUAGAAUUGAAGUUUAUAUCCAUACAUGUCUUAUCCUUCCUAACUAAAUUAUAUUAAUUCCUUUUAAAUCAAAUUCAUUUUUAAACAAUUUAAUUAUGAUUUUCAAAUACAAUUAUAUUUAUUUUUAUUUUUUUAAUUAAAUAUUUA